AUGGAUCCUCCUGCUACUGAUGGGGAAGUCACACCAGAGAAGCUUGAAAAAAUUAAAGAGGGAGAGCCCACUUCAGUGGCUCUUGAUAUAAGAAGAGAAUUAGUGGAUUAUCUUACACAGCGAAGCGAAACCUUUGUGGCAGAAUUUGUAGUCUUAGAAGGUGGUCCAGACGCGGAAGAGUCUGACAAUCCUUACGAUAUCAUUUCUAAUUUCGUCGAUGACUUUGAAAAGGAAUUUCUUCAGUAG